ACUAUACCUGUACAUGGAUUUAAGUUUGAACAUUAACUCCAUUCAUUCUACCCAAACCAAUUCUGAUAAUGGGUCUUCAUCAGAAUAUCUUCAAAGGCACGUAGAUAAGCAAGAAGUGAUCUCAAAGUUCCUAAAACAAGUAUGUUAUUCAGUAAAUUUUUUACUAUGUAAGUGUAAAGAUUCAUCAAAUUUUAGUGUGCCUCAUCAAUUUUCAACUCUUCAAUCCUAGCAGGUACCCCGCCAUGGCAUACAAAAGCCAGUACCAAUGCAAUUGUUUGGCCUUAAUCUUCACAGUUGGUGCUUUAGUUUGUCAAGCUACAUCACGCGCUCUUCAAGAUGCAUCGAUGUAUGAAAGGCAUGAGCAAUGGAUGGCCCGUUAUGGACGAGUGUACCCGGACAACAAUGAGAGGGAAAGACGUUUCAAUAUUUUCAAACAAAAUGUGGCUCGCAUAGAAUCUUUCAAUAGUGCCAAUAACAAACCUUACAAGCUCGGUGUCAAUCAAUUUGCAGAUCUUACAAACGAAGAGUUCAUUGCUUCUCGAAAUAGGUUCAAGGGCCAUAUGUGUUCCAACAAGGCUACGACUUUCAAAUAUGAAAAUUUCACUGCAUUACCUUCUACCGUGGACUGGAGAAAUAAAGGAGCUGUAACACCUAUUAAGGACCAAGGCCAAUGUGGAAGUUGUUGGGCAUUUUCGGCUGUGGCAGCCAUGGAAGGGGUAACUAAACUAGCAACAGGUAAGCUAAUUUCCUUGUCUGAGCAAGAGUUGGUUGACUGUGAUACCAAAGGUGAAGAUCAAGGCUGUCAGGGUGGUUUGAUGGACAAUGCUUUCCAAUUCGUCCAGAAAAACAAAGGCCUCACAACUGAAUCGAAUUACCCUUACAAGGGAGUUGACGGCACAUGCAAUAUCAACAAGGAAGCCAACCAUGCAGCAAAUAUUAAUGGACAUGAAGAUGUGCCUGCCAAUAAUGAAGAGGCAUUACAGAAGGCAGUUGCAAACCAGCCAGUUUCUGUUGCUAUUGAUGCUGGGGGGUUUGAAUUCCAGUUCUACUCAAGUGGUGUAUUUACAGGAGAUUGUGGCACUGACCUAGAUCACGGUGUUGCUGCUGUUGGUUAUGGAGUGGAUGCAGAUGGGACUAAGUAUUGGUUAGUGAAGAACUCUUGGGGCACUAGCUGGGGUGAAGAAGGGUACAUUAGGAUGCAGAGAGAUGUUGGCGCAAAGGAAGGCCUUUGUGGCAUAGCAAUGCAAGCUUCUUACCCUACUGCUUGAACUUCAU